UUUUGCAUUGUCAGUUUGUACAGUUUCUCUGUUUCCAUCAUGGCGUGUGCUGGUGUGAGCGUUCGUUUGGUUCGCGUCGUUGAAAUUCAUCAAUGACACAAGUGUUUUGCUUUUAGGUGAAGUGAAUAAUGAAUUUGUGAUGAAUCGAAGUGUUUAGUUUUUUUAAUAAUUGCGAGGAAUGGCGCAGGAAUUGGUUCUACACAGUCCAGUUGGAGCCGAGGCUGUUGUUUAUCAAUGGCCCUUGACUUCUGGAAGGGGAGCAGAGAAACAUGAUGGCGCGGCGGAAAUAGUAGAAACAAUAAGAUGGGUGAUCGAGGAUUUUCCUCAACUGAAACUGCCUGUAGAAAACAACAUUCUCACCGACUAUGACACCAAAAGCUACACUAGUAUGAAAUCGCUCUGCGAUAGAUUCAAUAGAGCAAUAGACAGCAUGGUCAGCAUGUCGAAAGGCACGUCGAUAACGAGAGUGGGCAAACAUCCGUCGCGUGGCCUGCUGCGACAUAUCCUGCAGCAGGUCUACAACCAGGCAGUCUGCGAUCCGGACAAGUUGAACCAGUACGAACCGUUCUCGCCCGAGGUGUAUGGAGAGACAUCCUACGAUCUAAUAUGUCAGAUGAUAGAUCAGAUUAAAAUCACCAAAGAUGAUGUGUUCGUGGACCUGGGUUCGGGUGUCGGGCAGGUGGUUCUACAAAUGGCUGCUGCCACUCCUUGCAAAAUAUGUUUCGGAGUAGAAAAGGCUGACGUUCCAUCCAAGUAUGCACAGGAUAUGAACGAUAACUUUCGUAAAUGGAUGGGCUGGUAUGGUAAAAACUUUGGCAAGUACGAACUGAUCAAGGGCGACUUCCUGAGUGAGGAGCACCGCGAGAAGAUAGUGACGGCGACCAUCGUGUUCGUGAACAACUUUGCGUUCGGGCCGACCGUCGACCACAUGCUCAAGGAGCGCUUUGCUGACCUCAAGGACGGCGCGCGCAUUGUGUCUUCCAAGUCGUUCUGUCCGCUCAACUUUCGCAUCACUGAUCGCAACCUCAGUGAUAUUGGGACGAUAAUGCAUGUGUCUGAAAUGUCACCAUUGCGUGGCUCUGUAUCGUGGACUGGCAAACCUGUUUCUUAUUAUCUUCACGUUAUUGAUAGAACUAAGCUGGAAAGAUAUUUUCAAAAGUUGAAGACUCCCAGAUCGAGGAGUGCAAUAAACGCGGCAGCAAUGAAUGGUGUGAAUGUGGAAGAGGCGGCCGCCGAUUGUGGAGCGGCCAGUGGUUCGGACCAGCGCUAUGGAUCGCGCGAGCGUCGGCGUCGCGACAUCGCUGCCAAGCCUGCGCCUAUUGACUCCUCAGAGGAGGAGAACGAGCCUGACGUCGUCGAGACAAGAAAAUCUCAGACGAAGAAAUUGGGCAACAAGAAGUUACCAGCGCGCGCCGGCAAACCGCCUCCAGCCGCGUCUCACGUUCGCAGCCAGUCGGUGCCGUGUGGAGGCAGCAUGGGUGGGGGUGGAGGCGGAGGCGGCAGACGCACCAAGGCGCGGCCGAAGCGUGGACGCGCCAAGAAGCAGAUCAAAAUCACCGGACUCGACCUCUUGCACAGUCAGACUUUGCUCAGCACUUCGCCGCAAGCUAUGGGUGGGAAGAAGCUGCCGCCAGCGCCGGGCUGCGUGGACCAGCAGCUGACGUCACUGACUGCGGUGGCUGCACGCGACGUGCACGCAGAACUUGACAUCCCAGCCGAGCCGCAAGCGACGCCCUACGCGCUGCAAGUGCUGCUUGACAUAUUCCGCGAACAGUACAUGGCCAUGGUUGACGUCAUCAAGACGCCUCAGUACCGGCGUACCCUUGAUCAACAGAUCAAUCAGGAGAAGGAGCGUAAUGAGAAGCUAAAGAGUCGCGCGUUGCAGCUGGAGAAACAGAUCAAGGUGCUGAUUGAUGACAGUGUGGCACUGUUGCGCACGCGCAUGAACGAGCUAGGCAUCAACGCGACCACGCCCACUGACCUGCUCGCCAAGGCCAAGGAGAUUGUCAUGAGGCACAAGGAGUUGCAGGCAAAGGUGAGCAAACUGAACGUGCAGGUGACGUCAUUGGAAGACGAACAGCAACGGCUGGUGGUGAAGCGACACGCCGAGAGCCAGGCAGCGCUGGCUGCAGCUGCAGCUGCAUCGUCAACUGCAUCACUGGCUGCACCGCCCGAUGCAACUGCACCCAAUGCAUCGGCUGCAGUGCCAGCUCAGCCGCAGCCACAGCCGCAGCUCACCAAGGAGCAACUGCUCAAGGAGAUCUGUGCCACCAUGAGUCGGCGCAAGAAGCUUCAGUCUCAGGUUACCCGUAUCGAAUCUGAGCUGGUAGCGUUGGAGAAGCGUUCAACAGCGGCCAUGCCUCCGAACGGGAUAUCGGUGAAGAGCGUGGGUGGAGUGCCGGGGGCCAGCCAGACAGGAGUGCGCCCUGCCGCCCCCGCAGAGCUCGGCCAGCAAGUAGCGAAGGGAGGCGGCAGUGAGGUGGGGGCAGUGAAGCCGGCACGCAAGUCACGUGAGCAUCGGUCAAGGUCGCAGGACUGGCCUGACGUGCCCGAUGUCGGCAAGAUACAGGAGAACAACCCGGAGAUACUGGCGCGCAAGAUACUCGAGACUGGCCGACAGAUUGAGGCCGGCAAGAUCAGGGGCGAGGCUAGGUCAAACCACCACCACCAAUCAUCUUCAUCGUCUCGUUCGAAAGGAAGUCAUCAACAUCGUCAAUCCAGCAUCAACUCAACAACACCAAACGCAUACGCCAAUCAGAACAACAGCAAUGACUCGAGUAUGACUCAUCAUAACUUAGCUAGUAAUGCUCAUCACCAUGAGUUUGGACGUAACAACAACAGCAGCAGUACAAACAGUAGCAGUCAUCAUCAACAACAACACCAUAGCAGCAAUCACCAUAGUACAAGUAGUAAUCAUGUUGUGAAUGGACGCCCCGCCGCUGCGCCGCCCCAGGAACCGCCUCGGGUGGCCAACUUUGAGGACCGACUCAAGAGCAUCAUCACGCAUGUGCUCAAUGAAGACCACGAGCAGAGGAAGCAGCAGCAACAACAGCAGCAGCAGCAGAUGCAUCAUGUCAAUGGAACUAAUGUUGUUAGACAGGUGGAACAACCGUCAGUUGGUGUACCAGUCUCGUCAGCUCAACCAGUGCAUUACCUCAACCACAACCACCACAAUCACAUGCAGCAACAGACGCAACACCACAACCACCCGAUGCAACAUGCUUCUCACCCCCACUCACACCCGCACUCCCACCCCCACCAUCAGCAUCAGAUGUAUCAGCAGCAUCUACUUCAGCAGCAGCAGUCGGCUAGCAACGUUGCCGCCGCCUCUCAUGCUGUGCCGCCUCCAAUCACCGCCCCCGUCACUGGGGCCGGUGCUAGCUGGCCGCCUCCACCGCCCCUGCCGAGGCCUGCGCAGUUGUCGGCGUUGCAUGUGCAGCAGCCCGACUACACACAGGUAAUUGUCUCUCCAGCCAAGUUGGCGUUGAGAAGGCACCUAUCUCAGGAGAAGCUGGCUGCCACACAGGGCGUAGUGGCCACUCGCACCAUAGGUGAUCUCGUGUCCGGCGAAAUCGAGAGGACACUUGAAAUAUCUAAUCAGAGCAUAAUAAACGCGGCGGUGGAUAUGAGUACGGUGGUGAGUGUGACGACCACUCCGAGCACACCCACACCAGGCGUUGCGUCUGCCAGUGUACUGCAGCGGCCUGAGCGCCCCCCACCACCGCCCCCACCCUCAGCCGGUCUCCCAACCCCCACUCAGCCACGCACAGGGCGCUCGUCUUCUGCCACCACUUGUCAACCUCUUGUCACGGUGAGCUCGACGACGAAUGAGAGCAGAUACACGCCGGUGGCGCUGCCCCGCGCCGACAUCAAGCCCUACCAGGAGUCGUUCUUUGUCGACGUCAAGCCACCCACGCACACCUUCACGUCGGCCCCUGCCCCACCUGUCGCUGCCUCCGCCCCUGUCACUGCCCCCGAGCCUGUCGAAGGAUUAGCAGCAACGCUGCACGCGAGAAUCCUGAACGGUAGUAGCAGCAGCAGUCAGGAGGAGAGGGAGAGGGAGAGGGGAGGCGGCACCACGCCACUAGUCAUAGUUGACACAAUCAAACAGGAAGAUCUCAGUCCACCCCUGCAGAUAGACGACUCACCACCCCCAGGAGGCCUGUCCGCCCCCGAAGGCGGGCAAGUGCCGUCUCCAGCUGUUGUCGAAAUCAAAACCGAGCCAGGAACGAAACGGAGUUCGCCACCCCCGACGAUCACCUCUCUGUCCCCCCCGCCACCGACCAAGAAGCCGCACCUAGACUCGUCGCCGCCUCCGCCGCCUUCAUGCAUUCCCGCUGCCUCCGAUGAUGGUCUAGACCGACAGUGGCAGGAUAAAAUCAGCAGCGGCUUCGACCGACUGGUGGCAUUCGCCUCCACCGAACUGGACAAGCGGAGGAGGAGCACCGAGGGAGGGGGCGGGGGAGGAGCCAGCUGCAACACCAGCCCCGACAGUGGCAUCGGACAUGGCGACCCUGUGUCCCUGCCCCCCUGUCCUGUGGGGGGCUCCAAGUCCACCAGCCCCAACCCCAAGAUGCCCCGUCUCUAUCGACCGUGUGACUCGCCACCCCCCAUCCUGGAGGCGGGCCCCCCUCGAACCCCUUCACCCUCCAGCUCCCCGCCCCCACCGCUGCUGCCUCUCGAAGGCCCCUACUCCCCCGUGCCCCCCUCCAGUCCCCCCCAGCAGCAGCCGCCCUCCCUGGCCCCGUCUGUGCCCCUGCGCUACCAGCGGUCGCCCACCGAGCACUCCUCGGCUUUCAAAAAGAAGUUCUUCCACCACAAGGGCAAGUUCCGUCCCAAGGGCAAGGUAUGGGAUUGGCAUCAGACAAACACCACCACCUCCAAAGGUGACUCCUGGUGCUAACCUAACCGUUCACUGCUGCAAAAUACAAAUGUAUCUUACAAUUAAUAACUUGGCAGCUUGUGGACGAUCGAAACCUUACUCCUCAAUUUGUUGUAAAAGUUGUGCACCAUUUGCCGUUCACACAAACUUCAGUCAAUGUUUCAUCAAAAAUAUUAACAAUUUUGAUUGUAGUUUGUGUUACCGGCUGUUAGUUAUGCUCUGGAACUGAGCUCUAGCUUGAUAUAAAAUCUAGACGUUCACACAAACUUCAGUCAAUGUUUGAUCAAAGAUUAACAUUUUUAAUCGUAGUUUGUGUUACCGGCUGUUGGUUAUGCUCUGGAACUGAGCUCUAGCUUAAUACAAUAUUCAAUGUUAAGUCAAAAAAAUCGAUUUGGUGCCGUUUCAAAUCAGAUUUCUUCAUUAUAAUUGUUCUCACAUUCUAUUAACUGCAGAUCUAGUGGUCCUGCUUUGUUAUUGAUUGGAUUUCGAAUCCACUCUAUUAUGAACAACCUUCAGGUUUUCACGUUUUUCUAAUACCGUACAAAAAAUGUAUUGUAUAAUACACAUGAAAAAUAUUGGAUUUCAGUAUGUUAACGUUGUGUCUACAAUAAAUACAAUUUUUUCUUUGCUUGACGUUAUCCAGAGCUGUCAAACGAAGUGUUGCACGACUUCUGAGUUGGAAAUUGAAGACAUUUUACUGGGUUAGAAGUACGUUAGUUGAUAAUCUAUGAUGUUAGUUAGAUUAUGAUAAUUAUUCAUUAAAUUAUGAAUAAAUAGUAAAUUAAUCAAGAUGUCUGAUUCAGUGGAAAUCUCCAACCGAAAAUCUAAGGAAUUUCCCUGUAUCUUAGGUGCCAAAUCAGAUUCUUUAUUGAAUUGUGACUAUCCACAACUGGAUUUUUCAUUCUAGUGAAUGAUGGUUUGAUUUGUUCAUUUGUUCUGAAAGUUUAUAAAGCUUUUACAGCAACGAAAAUGAAAUGAAAAAGAUUUUAUUCAUCCAAAGAAUAGUACAAUAAAAGAAAAAUCAGUAUCUUAUCAUCGAAACAUAGAAAUUUUUACCGAAAACUGUUGAAUAUUUUAAGAACACUUUAUAAGUAAAGCACUGCAUGUAUUCCGUAUGAAAAUAUUUUUUGUUGUAUACAUUCAUAACCUCAUUAUCAAAGUCCCAUAUUAUAUACUCUUUCUAGUAUUAAUGAAACAUAGUGAUAAAGUUCAUUAUAGUUUUUAUUUGAAUUAUUUUAUUCAAAAUAAUGUUUCACACUGUCAAGUGAGUUGCACCUGCUACGAUAAUGAUAAAUUGCAUUAAAUGUCAUUAAUUUUAUAGUCCUACAGUGAAAACAAUCCAAACUACCUCUGAGAAAUGCAGUAACAUACUUCUCUAGCUAUGGCAUGUCAAUUGUUCAUGUUGACUUAUCUUAUAACUUUUAUGAUCUAUCGUUUUUAUUAAACCUGACAAACUUGAUUUUAAUUUUUGGUACAUUAUUUUCGGUUGUGAGAGAUUCCACUGUAGUAGUAAACUGAUCUUGAAUUUAUGGGCUUAGCAUGUAAUAAACAGACCCACUGCCAUUUCUCUCAAGUGAUGUUUGUGAAAUUGAUAAUGAUUCUUAAUUUUUUUUGAAACUGGACAAACUGCUGUGUUAUUAACAAGUUUGGUUGUGAUGAAACCCUGGAAACACAUACAAACGCAUGAAACACAAGUAACAUUUAUUUAUUUAUUAUUCAUAGACAAUGGCUAGAAUUCAGGUAAAAACAACAGGCAUUCCCCCAACCUUAAUUUAAAAUAAACAGUCUAGAGUUCAUGAUUUGAUUUAAAGGAUAUGCUAAAAUCCAAUAACAACUCAAUUUGAUUGUGAGAAAAUGCUUCAAUCAUUCUGUUAACUUGAAAUAUCUUGUAAAUAACUCUGUGAUUAUGGAUUCCUUUAUUGCUGUUCACUUCAAAUUGAUUCCAAAUGAUCACUCCAAACUAGUGCGAUAUUUGUGACCAGUGUUUCAUUGCAAACUCUUUAUGAAGAACUAAAGACUAGUAGUUUGUCAUUAUUGUACCUGUAGUUUCUACAAAGUGAUCGACGUAAUAUUUAUGCACUACGCAAAUGUGUAAUUAGCCUAAGUUAUUAUUCACAUGAAUUGAUUUAAAAGACUCGAGGAAAAUUAGAUUUAUAACUUGUUUAUGAAGGGUUUCUUCUUAAGUAAAGGCAUUAAUAGAGUAAAGUGGUGGGAUCCAUAUAGUAUUAUCGAAAAAAGUUUCAAAGUUGAUUAAAUUUAGAUAUUUUUAACGAUGGUAAAUUUUAUUUUUAUUCUUAUAGAACAGGAAAUAUGAAUUAUGAGUCAUGUACUCGGUUCCUAUUAUAUUUUUGAACAUUUUAAAACUAUUAGUCUGAAAUUAAAUUUGAAAUUGAAUUUCUUAGUGAUUUAGAGUUCCUGAUUUCCUAAAUAAUAUGAAAUGGUUUGAUAGGUCUCUUUUAUAUUCAUAACUGGAAGCAAAUGUUUUUAGAAAAAAAUUGAUAGAAAAUUAUAUAUUAUAAAAAAUUGUGGUUUCGUUGGUAUCUUAUUACUCUGACACGUUUUUGGACUUAGUUGUACUUCCGUUAAACGGAUGAUCACUAAACGAAGAUUAACGGAGGAACUAGUUAUUCUUAUCAACAUCCUUCCCAUCACUCUUAUAAGAUUGGACCUGAAAAAGAACAAAUAAUAAUAUUUUGUUUAUUUCGAUGCACUACUUCUUUUAAAAUCUCGUUUAUUUAAAUUGUUCGAAACCCAAAAUUAGAUAACCUGCCGGUACAUUUCAUGAUAAUCGUUUGUUUACCGUUGUAAUAAGGAAUUGGAAUGGUGACAAAUAUUAUUAUUCCUUCAAAAGCUUUAAUAUUAUAUCAAGUAGUUGUUUUUAACAAAACUUGUAAAAUGUGCUGGAAAUGAUUCAUUUUUUGUUUAAAUACUGUAGUUCUCCCUACUUUCUCUUAGUCAAUCUGAACACAAAAAUCUUGUUGAUUUCAAUUUUUUUUCAAUGUUUCUGCUUUAAUACAGUUAUUGUUUAGUUUUUAUCUUUGAUAACCCGAUUUUUUCGGCCGUUAAUUUUUGUAUAUUGAAUUUGAAGUUUUUGUUCGAGUUGAAAAUUACCUAGAUUAUUCUUAAUUUAGCGAAACGUUUUGUAUAGAAUAAAUAAUUUUCAAAUUAUUAUUUUGAAAAUAUUGUUGAACUGCUUAAUAAUGUUGAAUUUUUGUUGAUGGAUAGUUUAAUUGUAAUGUAAUGCAGUGAUACCAUUCGAUAAGGAAAUGAGUAUUCAGUAGCUGGACGAGUGUGUUCAAAAAUAUUGUAAUAAUAUUAUUAAGGUAAUAAGAUAAAUAUUGUAAUUGCGAGUUUGCUGUGAGUUUAGUUUUUCAAUUUAAGGUGAUUUAUUAAUAUUAUUACAUUGGGAUAGCCUACUGUUAAUGGUAUUUAUAUCGGCUUAAGCUCUGUGAGAAGUAUUUAGAUUUUAGAAUUUGUUUUGUAAAAUAAAAUAAACUAUGGUCAAAUAAACUCAACUUAUAAAACAAAUAAUAUUUAUUUGUAAAAAUUGAAUAAACUAAUAUAAAAUGUACGUAGACUACUUACUUUAGUCAUGUGAAACACCACAUGAAUAAUAAUGAAUAUGUCUCAGAAGAAUUCUGUUAGAGACUAUUGCUAAUUACAAACAAUAAUCAUGUUUAGCUUAAUAAAAUUGAUGAAAUUCGCUUUAUGUACAAAAAAUGAUAGCAGAUAGAAUAAAUUUGAUUGCAGUACUGUGUAUGACUUAUAUCACUGCCAUCUCUGAUUUUGUCAUUGAUUGUAAAUGUACUGCCAAGUCACUGCCAUCAAACAAUGUGUAUUUUAGUCAAUACAGUUUUUUUGCAAAUAACUCAUGGUUUAAAAAUUACCGAGUUUUUAAAUAUUGUUCAUAAUUUAAAAAAAUCACUUUUGUUAAUAAAAAGAACUCUUACUUGAAGAGAACGGUGUACAAGCAAAUACCGUUUAAUGAAACACAAAUUAAUUGUUAAAUGUACUAAAACUCAAUAUUAUUCCUAUUAUAAUUUAACUAAGUAGAAUGCCAGUAAACCUUUGAAUUUUCUAAAUCGUUGGUUUUUAUUCUUAUUGGAUGGUACGUUUCAAUUAGUUUAAUAAUGGAAUACUUGUAUGUGAAUGUUUAUACAAUUUAAUGGAUUGAUUGGUAUGAGUUAUAAUAAUAAUUUAUACGUUGUGUAAAUAAAUUAAUGUAAUAAAUACAUUGGAGAUGAUCUUUAAACGUCA